AUGGAACUGAGAUAUGAUGGAAGAGUUGUUGUCGUUACUGGAGCCGGUAGAGGCCUCGGUCGUGAAUAUGCCUUACAAUUUGCUUCUAGAGGAGCAUCUGUCGUAGUAAAUGACCUUGGCGGUGAUAUGAAAGGAAGUGGUAAGAGUGCAUCCUAUGCAGAUGACGUGGUGAAUGAGAUACGACGAGCUGGCGGAACUGCCGUAGCUAAUUAUGACUCUGUAACGGAAGGAGAGAAGAUAAUUGAUACAGCUAUCAAAAACUUUGGAAGAGUUGACGUGGUUAUCAACAAUGCUGGGAUUUUAAGAGACAGAAAAUUCGAAAAUAUUACUGAUAAUGAUUGGGACACUAUUCAUCGUGUUCAUGUAUUCGGUUCCUUCAAAGUCAGUAAAGCUGCGUGGUCUUUCAUGAAGAAACAACGUUAUGGCAGAAUAAUCAUGGUUACGUCCGCUGCCGGAGUAUAUGGAAACUUUGGUCAAGCAAACUAUAGUGCUGCAAAAUUAGCUGUAGUCGGCCUUUGUAACACCCUUGCUAUAGAAGGUGGGUCACUUAAUAUCCAUUCCAACACAAUUUGUCCUUUUGCUGCUUCCCGACUUACCGCUAAACUACCUUCAGAGGUUAUGGGUAAAUUUAAAGUUGAAGAUAUUCCUCCGUUGGUGGUGUACUUAUGUCACGAAAGCUGCCAAGAAAAUGGAGGUUUAUUCGAAGUUGGUGGCGGAUGGAUUUCCAAAUUAAGGUGGCAACGCACUAACGGUGUUGUUAUACCUAAUGCAUCUGCGAAAACUGCACCUGAAUCCGUUCAACAAAACUGGGACAAAAUUACUGACUGGCAAGAUGCAACAAAUCCAGCGAGCACAUCGGCAUUUUUUCGUUCUCUUACACGUUACAUAGCCGAAGAGCUUGGAGAAGAAGACGAUAAGAAUAACAGUAUUAACGUGGUUAGUAAAUACUCUGUAGGGAAAGCGAUGUCAUAUAAAAUACCAGAUACUGAAUUUAUAUUUUCAAGUCGAGAUAUCAUCAUCUACGCUCUUGGAAUUGGCAUGAAGGUCAACGAUGACAAUCUACAAUUUCUGUACGAAGGCCAUGAAAAUUUUUGUACUUUUCCGUCUUUUGCAGCAAUUAUUUGUUUUAGCGGGGUCGGUAACAUUUUUGCUUCUUGCCCAGGAUUCAAUAUUGACCCCACGAAGAUUGUACAUGGAGAACAGUACAUAGAACUAUACAAGCCUUUACCGACAUCAGGUUCCGUAAGGAAUUCUAGUAAAAUUGUCGAAAUCUUAGAUAAAGGAAAGGGAGCUGUCGUUGUAACAGAAGGUAAGGACUAUUCUGCUAUAAAUAACGAAAAAUUAUGCAUGAAUCAGUUCGUCACGUAUAUCCAAAAAGCUGGCGGAUUUGGUGGUAAAAGGCAGUCCACUGCGAUUAAGCAAGCAGCAGAUACUCCGGCGAGACCCCCCGACGCCAUAAUCAAAGAAAUUGUGCCUGAAAGCCAGGCUGCCUUAUACAGAAUGAGCGGUGACUUAAAUCCAUUACACAUCGAUUCACAAUUUGCUGCUCUUGGAGGCUUUCCACGACCAAUUUUACACGGUUUGUGUACAAUGGGCUAUGCAACACGACAUGUCAUGAAGCAUUAUGGCGAUAACGACGUAAAGAAAUUUAAAUCCAUGAAGGUACGAUUUAUGCGCCCUGUCAUACCAGGACAAGUGCUGAUCACUGAAAUGUGGAAAGAAAUCGAUAGAAUAAUUUUUCAGUGUAAAGUUGAGGGUAACAACACACCGGUUGUCAGAGGUGGUUAUAUUGAAUUAAAUUCACCCAACGAAGUCGCAAUGUAUCUACAAAGUUCGAUUAUAUUUGAACGAAUGAAAAAGGAAUUUUUAGCAAAUCCCUCAAUAAUUAACAAAUUUAAUUGCAAGUACUUAUGGAAUAUUACAAACGAAAAAGGACAAAAAGUUGUUUCUUGGGUAAUUGAUUUGAAAAGUCAAAAUCCAUCGGUUACCCCUGGUUCUACGUCUACUGCUGUAGACUGCACUCUGACGACGUCAGACGAUGAUUUUGUUGCCUUAGCUACAAAUAAAUUAAACGCUCAAAAGGCAUUCUUUAACGGAAAACUGAAGGUUAGCGGUAAUAUUAUGCUCGCUCAGAAGCUAGAAAAUUUAUUUGGAAAAUCCUCAAAGUUGUAA